AGUCACACGCCACAUUCGUCAGUCAUUUUGCCCACAUCGUCAUUUGCUGCUGUUACAUCGUCAGUAAAAACGACGGGGGAGCCGGCAAAUACACCGAGUCCGACAACGGAAGGACCGAUGCAGCUCAUGUAUCCCUACGGUUCUUCCGCUGGUGAUUCGGAAAUUCCAAACACGUAUGAGUACUCGUGGCAAUGUUUCAAGAUCGACAUCCCGGACGAUGGAAUGCAAUUCUUCGGCAAGCGUCAUUACAAAGUCCACAUCUGUCGCAACGGAUUGCUGCUGUUUGAUUCACAAUGGCUUCCCUGGUGGCCUUACAAUUUCGGGGAACGUUGGUGGCUCAAGAAAGAGGCAAUAUUGGCGCCUUAUUGGGGUUUGACGGAUACGGACGAUUCUUUUGUGAUUCAGGGCUUUUCUAAAGUUUACUACCACGUGUAUUCAGAUUCCGACCCAAGUUCUACUCCUUUGUUGAAGAGGGCCUCUUCAGACACAACGAGGCUGUUGUCGACUCCUUUGCCAACCGCCUUCAAGGCAUCAUGGGUGCUGGUGGUAACGUGGAAAAAUUUACGUCCGUAUCAGUACCCUGCUAAUAUGGCAAACCAGGGAAAUACGUUUCAGUUGGUUUUGAUUACAGAUGGAGUGUACUCCUUCACGAUGUACAAUUAUCCAAGCAAUGGUCUGCAGUGGUCCGUUCCAACCCAGAGGAUGUACUAUCGAUAUUAUUCCAACUCAUAUGGGUUGCCUGUGGUUGGUUGGAAUGCUGGAGACAAGGGAGAAAGGAAAUAUAACAUGCCACGAUCGGGUACUGUCAACAUAGAAACAAUCGACGGAAUAAGAGGUAACGCUGACAUGGUUGGGAAGUGGUUUUUCAGACUGGAAGAAUCCCUCGGGAAACUUAACGCAAGACAGGAGUGCAUUGACUGGUUCAAAGCACAACCAGAUCCUCGAUUCUACACUGAAUACAUCGAACCUUGUCCUUGUGUCCUGCGACAAGCAUGGUGGGACGAAAGGUUCACAGUGAACUGGAGAGACUGGCCAAGAAUGUGUGGCUACGCUCAGUUCCCCUCACCACAUGGGUGGGGCCAGGAAUGUUGUUACUCCACUAACUGGCAAAGUUGGGGUGCACUGCUUGUGGGAAAUACUGGUGGAGGUUCGGCACAUAGAUACCACAAGUUGACCGAGGAAUUAAGAGCUAAACACGACUCAAGCGACGUACAAGGCUAUCAAAAGUGCUGCGUCAACUCAGACUUGUGUGACUUGUAUUACAAGAGACGCCCUUCCGAUAAUUGCGGAAAUUAUGUGGUACCAGAAUGGAGUUGGCUCUGGGGUGACCCUCAUUUUGUCACUCUUGAUGGCAAAAACUACACCUUUAAUGGUCUUGGUGAAUACAUGAUGACCGAUGCUCGUGACGGAUUUUUUCAGUUACAAGCUCGGACGAAACUGGCCAAAGGGGGCGGAACAGCGACAGUGUUUUCUGCUGCAGCUGCGAAGGAAGGCAAUUCUAGUGUCGUCCAGGUUGAGUUGAACGAUGCAGGUCACGUGCUGAUUGAUGGAGAGUCCUUUAACUACACUAGCCUUUCAAACGAAUCUGUUACACUUAAGGGCUCUGUUGCUGUUGCCAAACCAGACAACAACUCCUUUGUAAUGGUUUUUCAGUCGGGGAUAUCAGUCACAGCGAAAGCUGUUUCGGGAGCACUUUCAAUUGUACUUGCUGCACCAAAGAGCUUCAAAAAUCAAACAAAGGGCCUGUUAGGAAGAUGGAAUGAUGAUCCUGAAGACGACUUUUUGACGCCUAAUGGAACCAUCUUGCCUUCAAACGCGAACAGCAAGGACAUUCAUUACAAUUUUGGUCUCCUUUGGCAGGUAGACAACAGGUCCACACUCUUUACAUACAAACCAGGAGAAAGCCUGAAAACUUUCGAAAAUGCAUCUUUUGUCCCUAUGUUCCUUGAAGAUCUUUCCUUCCCAAAUGACACCUUACGCAAACAAGCAGAAGAAGCUUGCCAAGGAGAUCUCAACUGCUUAUUUGAUUCCGCCUCUACUAAGGAUGUUUCAAUGGGCGCAAACACAAAGGCAAUGUCGUCCACACUGGAGAAAGAGUCAUCUUCUCUUAAAAAUUAUCCACCCCGGUUCGUCACACAGCUCUCCCAAGUGAAUGUCACUGUGAAUCAGAGUAUUAGUGUGUCUGUGGUUGCAGAAGACCCAAACAACGACACCUUGAUAUUCUCUGUUUUCGGCGUUCUACCUCGUGCAGCUAUUCUACGGAACAAUUCCAACUCUGUGACAGUCACGUGGAACGGAACUAACGAACACAUUGAAUUAGAAUUUGUGGUAACAGACGAUCAGGGUGCAACAGCAUUCUUGAGGCCAAUCAUUAAUCUCUGUGCUUGUCAUAACAAUGGCGUUUGCCUUCAUUCAGCCAGCAACAAAAACUCCACGCAUAAUAGCAACAAGAUGAAUGUACUUGAGUGUGGUUGUUUGAAUGGGUAUACAGGAACGCUCUGCGAGAGUGAUCUCGACGCAUGUGAAGCAAAUCUAAACCCAUGUUACCCAGGUGUAAAGUGCAUCGACCUUCCCCCUCCAGCAAAUAUAUCUGGCUACAAAUGUGGACCUUGUCCGAAUGGAUUCACGGGAGAUGGAUCCAAAUGUCGAGACUUUGACGAAUGUUUACAAGGGUCGAACGGUGGAUGCAGUCAAGUCUGUAUCAACACACCAGGCUCGUUCACAUGCGACUGUAGAAAAGGAUACUUGCUCAAGAUUGACCAGCGAAAUUGUGAUGACAUCAAUGAAUGCGUUCCUGUUAGCGACUGUAUGCACAAGUGCGAAAAUACAAACGGUGGAUAUCGAUGUAGCUGUGAUGAUUUCUUCAAAGUGGACCCUUCAGAUCCCAAAAGUUGUAUUCCCGAUUCUCCAUGUCAGAAAAGUAAACAUAAUUGUCAGCACAUCUGUUACCUUGGUUCAAACAAAAUUCAACAAUGUGCUUGUAGACGAGGCUAUCUUCUUGGAGACGAUGGGGAUAGUUGCAAAGAUAUUGAUGAAUGUGCACCAAAUGAGAAUAGAUGCAGCCAUAAAUGCAACGUCACUUGCAUAG